AAAAUACGAUAUUUGAGGACUAUCAAAUGAAGUUUUGUAUUAUACGAAGAUACACUAAAAUAUGUACCAGAAGUUAUGACAUGCAGUAUAAUCUAGAGGUUUAUGGGUGUCUUUACCUGAGGUCAGAAUGGAACAGUCCACUACACCCCCUGCUACUGCAGGCAGAAUGGAACAGUCCAACCGUUCCAGGUGGAGUCAUCUCUUCCAGGAAGUAAAUCAAUCGUAGCAGUGUGGAUGGCGAUAGUUGUGCAUGCCGGUUCUCUCAAAGAGGCUGGAGUUAUUUAACACAAUAAUUGUGAACUGAAGUUUGUGUUGACUCACCCUACUCUCACUCUAACGGAGCAAUGUCUUCUGAUGAGCUGGUCUAUUUGGGAGUUCUCGCUGCCUCCAUCCCUGUUGGAUUCCUCUUCCGUUACCUCAGUCCUCCUGUGAAACAGGGAGCAGCUCUGCUUCUGGGCCUCUCAAUUACCAUCGCCACCUGUCAUGUCCACACACUCCACUCUCUGGUAACGGUGAUUGGAACAUGGAUUAUUAUAAAGAGCAACUGGCGGCAUGCCCCUGCAUUGAGUCUCAGCUGGACCUUUCUCUACCUCCUCUUCUUCCGGUUGGUCACUUGGUUCGGUUUACCACAACCAACACCUUUUUCCAACGCCAUCCAGCUACUUCUCACUCUUAAGAUGGUGAGUCUGGCCAACGAGGUGCAAAUUUUCCACAUGGAGAAGAAAAAGGAAGUGAGCUCCUUUACAAAGUCUCCUGUCAUUGGUGGUCUGUCUCAGGAGCCGUCUCUCUACGAUAUUAUGUCCUAUAGCUACUGUUAUGUCGGUAUCAUGACCGGCCCGUUCUUUCGCUUCCAAACAUUCGUCGACUGGCUGAAGCAGCCCAGCCCACUGGCCCUGCCCAGCUGGGUGCCGUGUCUGCAGCGUCUGAAGCUGGUUCCUGUCUAUGGCGCUCUGUUCGUGGCUGUCAACUCUGUCUUUCCUCUGGCUUACGUUCGCACGGAGGAGUUCAUGGAUGAAAACUUCUUCUUCAGGCUGUUCUACAUGAUCGCGGUGUUCUUCGUGUUCAGGAUGCGUUUCUAUGCAGCGUGGUGUGGAGCCGAGGCCGGUUGUAUCAGUGCAGGUCUAGGCUGCUAUCCAGAAAAGGCGCUUAGCAAACCUGGAGGAGGACCCACAGUCAACUAUAGUGUUGAUCCUGCCGCUGAGGAGCAAUAUGACUUUAAAACCAUCCAGAACAUUGACUGCUACAACACCGACUUCUGUGUGAAGGUGCGACACGGCAUGCGUUACUGGAACAUGACGGUGCAGUGGUGGCUGCAUCACUACAUCUAUCCCAACUCUCCCUUCAAAGCCUACACUCUCAGGGCCGGCUGGACCAUGUUCAUCAGCGCCUACUGGCACGGUCUACAUGCCGGCUACUACCUCUCCUUCCUCACCAUCCCCCUGUGCAUUGCAGCUGAGUCCGCCAUGGAGGCCUCUGUCAGAGCUAAACUGGGCCCUCGUGGACAGAACAUAUUCGACUGGGUUCACUGGUUCUUGAAGAUGAGAGCCUACGACUACAUGUGCAUGGGCUUCGUGCUACUGAAGGCCUCCGACACCAUCAACUACUGGAUGUCCAUCUACUUCAUCAUGCACAUCAUCGCCGUUUGCUGUAUAAUAGUGGGCAAGGUCCUGAAGGGAGGGAAAAGGGAAGGGAGGAGAGGAGACAAGGAGGAGAAAAAAGAGGGAGAAAAGGUAGAUAACAAGGAGAAUACUGGAGAGAAAACAGACUGAAUGGAGGUACAAUAAAGAACUGGUUUGAUAUUUUUGGGACAUAAGGAAGAGUUACUUCAAGACUAUAAUUUCCAGUAUCGAUUGCACCAUCACUCAUUUUUCUAGCGACAAACGUCACACAUUUCCAGUAAUAUUUCUUGUAGGAAAAGUUAAAAGUUCAACUCUUACUUUAUUUAAAAAAAUACAGUAAAUUUAACAAAUAGCAGAAAUUAGUAACAAGUGUGACACGUAAAGCUGAGUCACCACUGGAGACAUUUUGUAUAUGUACAUAAAAGUACUGUGAACACCGGUAAAGGAAUGUUUGAGCAAACUUUUACUUUUCUAGUGUGAUUGUCUGAUUGGAUGUAAAUAGUUUAUUCAGUCCUCUCAUAAGUGCAUCUGCCUGUACAGUAUGUGUGUUUUUAUGUCAAGAUAUAUUAUGCCCAGUUUGAAGUGUUUUGGAACGAUCUUACUGGUCAAAAUGGGAUCAAAAUGCUGCUUUAGAGACAGAUUGUAGAGUGAGUUAAACAACCAGCAGCUCAACCCUCAAAAUGACAUUCUUCACAAUUAAAAGAGCAACAAAGUGAUUAAAUUGAUUUGCCACCAAAACAUUCCAACAGCAGCUCACCUGUCUUGACCUGUAUGUUAAUAUUAAUCCACUUUUUGUGUAUGAUAAGCAUUAAUCACAGUUUUCAAUUUAAGGAACCAAAUGCUAACUUUUGGCAUCUCCAAUUGGCACCUUGACAGUUUUUUUUAGUGCAAUGGGAAUAAAAGGUUGUUUCUUUGAUAGUUAAAUGCAGAAACAAAUUAAGCUGUAAAUGUGAAUGUAAUGGUCCAGCGCUUAUCAGCAGACUUUUUUCAUUUAUAUCAAAAAUAAAAGGUCAAAUUCAAACUGGCACAAGUUUGAGGGAGCAAAGCAAACAGUUUACAUUUGUAUUGUUUCCUAAUUACAUUAAGGAUUUUAGUUUAAAUAACCUCAACUAUUCUCUGUAUUAUAAUGUUCCUUUUUUAAUUCUGGUUGAACAUUUCUCUGCUUUGGUUUACCCACUUGAUGCGGUGAUUUCUCUGUUUGGAAUUUACUUUACAUUAACUGUUACGCUGCCUGUAAUUGUGAGGAAAUCCAAUAUUCGGAUCACAUCAAGCACAUAUACACUGACGUCUGUACAGCAGUGUUGUAUCCAGUGAAGCGUGUGCCAUGUGAAAGAUAUCUUUACGGUUUGUUCACUGCCAAAACAUCUGUACUGCCAUCAAGGAACAUUCAGGGUUGAGACCAAACAUUAAAAAAAAGUUUCACAUCAUAACAAUACGCUGCCUACUUAAGUAUGAAUAACAGCACAGCUAAGGCUGGGUGAAAUGGUUGAAAUCAUAUUAUGAUAUGAAUUUGGUUAUUUUCUCAUAUCUAUGUACUGUAUAUCACAAUAGGACAAAUGUAUGAAAUCACAUAGCAAAUAGAUAAAACAAAAACUUAGAUAGCUACUUUUGUUAAAUAAAAACUUGCUUUGAAACAUGUUUUUGGCCAACAGAAAUGAUAGUAUUGAUUUAUCGCUCAGCUCUAAAUACAGAAAACUGUACAGUAGAAAAACCUGUCUGCAGUUCCUUCACUCUGUAUGUAAUAACUGGUUUAUAUGAGCGUGACUGAAAGCAGAAUAUAAAGGUUGUUGUUGAGCUGUUGCAUCUCCCAAAUGUUUGUCAUCAUUUGAAUUACAAAUAGUUUUUGUGUUUUGCAGUUGUCCUUUACUCUCUCUGUGCCAAAACCCUUGUGGAUAAUUUUCCCUUUGUUUUUAUUAUUGCACAGUGAUGAUUGUGAAUUACAGUCCGUCUGUCAC